AGACAAAACUUCAAGACUCAAGAGAAGGCACUUCUGCAGAUUUGUUAAAUAUCUCUAGUCGCAAUAGAUUUUCUUAAGUGUGCCAUCGCGAUGGCUGCACCAGCAGCCUGUACGCGUUUUUCGGACAAUUACGACAUCAAAGAAGAGCUGGGAAAAGGGGCAUUCUCAAUAGUAAAAAGAUGUGUCCAAAAAUCAACUGGAUUUGAAUUUGCUGCAAAAAUUAUAAAUACAAAAAAAUUGACCGCAAGAGACUUUCAAAAACUGGAACGUGAAGCAAGGAUCUGCAGAAAAUUACACCAUCCUAACAUAGUGCGAUUGCAUGACAGUAUACAGGAGGAGAACUAUCACUACCUUGUUUUUGAUCUUGUAACUGGUGGUGAACUUUUCGAAGAUAUUGUUGCACGUGAAUUUUAUUCAGAGGCUGAUGCAUCACAUUGUAUUCAACAAAUAUUGGAAUCGGUCAAUCACUGCCACCAAAAUGGUGUGGUGCAUCGAGAUCUGAAACCAGAGAAUUUACUAUUAGCUAGUAAGGCAAAGGGUGCAGCAGUGAAACUCGCUGACUUUGGUCUAGCCAUUGAAGUUCAAGGCGAUCAUCAGGCAUGGUUUGGAUUUGCUGGCACUCCAGGAUAUCUGUCGCCAGAGGUAUUGAAAAAGGAGCCGUAUGGCAAAUCGGUAGAUAUUUGGGCAUGUGGAGUAAUCCUCUAUAUACUUCUUGUCGGCUAUCCACCAUUCUGGGACGAGGAUCAGCACCGGCUGUACUCACAGAUUAAAGCAGGAGCUUAUGAUUAUCCGUCACCAGAAUGGGAUACGGUCACCCCAGAAGCAAAGAAUCUUAUCAAUCAAAUGCUUACGGUGAAUCCAAACAAGCGAAUAACUGCCGCCGAGGCAUUAAAACACCCAUGGAUUUGCCAACGAGAGCGAGUGGCUUCCGUUGUACAUCGCCAAGAAACCGUAGACUGUCUCAAGAAGUUUAAUGCACGUCGCAAGCUAAAGGGAGCAAUACUUACGACCAUGUUGGCUACCAGAAACUUCUCGAGCAGAAGUAUGAUUACCAAAAAGGGUGAUGGAUCUCAAGUCAAGGAAUCAACUGAUUCUUCUAGCACUACACUUGAAGACGAUGACAUAAAAGAAGAUAAAAAAGGAAUCGUUGAUCGCAGUACCACAGUCAUAUCAAAAGAGCCUGAAGAUAUAAGGAUACUGUGUCCUGCAAAAACUUGCCAGCAAAUUACAGGAAACUCCCAGUGCUCGUCAGCAGCUAGACGACAAGAAAUAAUAAAGAUUACUGAACAGUUGAUUGAAGCGAUUAACAGUGGCGAUUUUGAUGGAUACACCAAAAUAUGUGAUCCGCAUCUAACUGCCUUUGAGCCAGAAGCGUUGGGUAACCUUGUCGAGGGAAUUGAUUUUCACAAGUUUUACUUUGAAAACGUUCUUGGUAAAAAUUGCAAAGCCAUAAACACAACCAUACUUAAUCCUCAUGUGCACUUAUUGGGUGAAGAAGCCGCUUGCAUUGCCUAUGUCAGACUUACGCAGUACAUUGAUAAGCAAGGUCAUGCACACACCCAUCAGUCUGAAGAGACGCGCGUCUGGCACAAACGCGACAACAAAUGGCAGAAUGUCCACUUUCAUCGAAGUGCAUCUGCAAAAAUAAGCGGAGCUACUACAUUCGAUUUUAUACCCCAAAAGUAGUGGGCGUUAGUCAAUGGAAUAUGAACUGUCAUUAUGCACAUGUCAAAGAAAGUGCUGCAUUCAUACUUAGAAGGCGCAAGAGUAUUUUGCAAAUAAAGUUGUUAGUGCGAAUUUUAUUAUUUUUUAUUUGUUUCUAAGUAUUUUGUGUCCCCUGUUAUUCUACGUUAAAAUAUGUAUGACGAUUAAAAGCCAUAUAUCGCAAUUCAGAUAUCCCACUGAAAUGGUCACUUUAGAAAUGGAAAUAUAAAAAACACAUAAUAAUAUUGGUGCAUAAAAUAUUUUAUGUACAUGUCAUGGUAUCAAUCAUAUGAUUGUAAAUUUAAAUGGUGGCAAGCAAAGAAACAAGUUUAUAAUUUAACUUUUAAUGGUAUUAAUCUUGAAAUAAAGCAAAAAACUUUGUAUCUAUUGGAACAGAACAAACAGAAUGCAAUUCCAACCACUUAACUUAAUCUUCUAAAUAAUUACAAACAAUUUAAAAGGCAUGUAUCACCUACUAGGAUACGAAUAAUCAUUUGUUUGAGCAGUCCGCUUAUUCUCGUUCUUAAAAUACAUACACACAUGCAUAACUUAAUAAAAUGUGUGAAUACAGUCGAAUACAAAUUACUCAAGUUAGCAUUAACAAAUUCUGACACUGUAAAGAACUAGGUAACGACAUUGUAGCAUUUAAAAUUUUGAAAAACUAAGUACCGUAAAACAAAGUGAACAAAAUUAGCUAAUUGAAAUAUAAAAUUAAGCCGAACUAAUUGAGUUUACGCGAUUACUCGUAACGCGUUGGAUGACGUCUAUCUUAAACUACUGGCCCGCAUUGUCCGCAUCUCAUUAGUAUAUAGAGGUGUCCCAAGAACAUUUCGACUCUCAUAAUGCAAUAAUUAUUUUCUAUCUUGCCAUAGUUUUUGUUUCAAAUCUCCGUUUAUUUAUUUAUGUGUAUAAAAACGGAAAGUCGUUGGGCUUUCUUAUAACAGAAACUAUAUUAUGUUGUUUCUAUGUAGAAUUUAUUUAUUUAAAUUAAAUUACGUUAUGUGUCCCCUUAUCAUAAAGAUCCAUUUAUAAUUUAAUUAAAUAACAAAUUUUUUUUUUUGUGGCGACAUAGUCAGUAUUCUUGGGACCGAUAUAAUGCAAACACACAAAAAGCUUGAGAGAUCCCGACACAAAGCAAAAAACGCAUCUAAAAAUUGAAAUAAAAAUUGUAUUAUUGUAUUUUCUACAUUAUUUUAAAAAAUUUAGACAGUGUUUCAAUAUUAAAAACAAUUUGCAGUGCAAUAAUAAUAAACAAACCUUACAUUAUUCAUUCUUCGAUGAAAGUUGCAAUCAAUAUAAUAUGACAGUUCUACUAAUUUCCCUGUUUCCAAAUAUUUAUAUAAGUAAAAAGCGUAUUAGCUUAAGCCCCUUUACACAGUGGAUCUUUUUGUGUAUAACUCCAUAUCCGUUGUUAUGAGCACAAGUGCUAAAAUAUAUUGUAUGUAUGAGACUGUAUCAUCGUAAAAUGACUACAACUUUUUCUGAUCAUAUAUGUAUAAAGUUGAUUUAAAACAAUUUUCAAAAUGCUGGCACUAAUUUGAUUGUAUCUCAAAAUCAAAAACGAUUUUUUGAUAAACGAUUAAGUAAAUAUUUUCCUUCUUCAUAAAGUUGUACUUUAAAUGCAACCCACUCCUCUAGCUUUAAAUUUUUAUAGGGUAAUGCCUUUAGAGUGCAUAAGAUGGAAUGUAUUUAUGAUUCUUUUUAAUUGUCUAAUACCAUUAGUCAAUUUAGGAAAAGGUCUUAAUCAUGGUCAUCAAAGUGUAAAAUGUAAAAUGUCGAUUCAAAUAUUCAUUGAUUUAGGACCUAAUGUCUUCUGAAAUAAUGUUUAACACUUAUAAUACGAAAGCAAACUAUAUUAAACCAUUUGGACAUAUUAAAUCGAUCGAAGAGCUGUUGCUCCUAAGGAAAA